AUGUCCGCCGAGAAAAAACACUCUGUGUCAUCCGAAGAUUAUGAUCCUGUUAUUUUCGAGGCAAUCAAAGUCAACGCAAACGAACGAAAGGAGCUCUCCACUUCGAGAAAAGCUGCCCAGCAAGCUCGGUUUGCGAGAGGGGCAGAGGAAUUGGAUAAUGCGGUAAAAAGAGCUGUCGAUAAAGAUGUUAUUGUGGCGGCGGGGAGAAUAGGCGAGACUAGUGGAAAUAAUCCAAAAUAA